AUGGCAGUUGACGAAGUUGUUGCGGAUUGUGAGAGUGAACCACUUCACCCAUUUAAAUCCUUUUCUAAGCGACAAAUGAGGCGCCCUGAAUCCUCUGAUGAUAGACAUGUGAUGGCUAAACAUGCUUCCAUCUAUCCAACAGAAGAAGAGUUACAAAGAUUUCAAAAUAUUGUUUCAUCAUGUGAAAAAGCAUUGAAAUUAGUAUCUGAUCAGAUUGCUGAAUCGGAUGCUCCUAAAAAGAAGAAUGAUGCUAAAAAUGCUGUUGGAACAGGGGAAAAUGAUGGUGAGAACAAAGAAGUACCAAAGAAAGAAGAAACAGUUCCACGUGCUUUAAAGGGUGUUAUGAGAGUUGGUGUACUGGCAAAGGGUUUAUUGCUGCAGGGAGAUACAAAUGUUCAGCUGGUGGUGUUGUGUUCAGACAAACCAACUAAAACACUACUUAAAAAAGUGCACACUCUCCUUCCCAAGCAGUUAACUAGUGUGACGGAGGAGAAAUAUGAACUAAAGCUGUGUAUCAACGAGGCAUCAAUCAUAGUGUCCAGUGUGGAAAAGGACCCCAAGAUUUCCUGCACCAUCACGAUCACCUCUCCCGUGAUUAGGGAACCACCGCCUGUUAAACCAGAACCAGGUGGUAAAAAGCCCAAAGAGCCUGCUGACCUUCUUAAUAAACAGAAAUGCCUUGAAGCAUUGGCUGUACUAAGACAUGCAAAAUGGUUUCAGGCUAGAGCUACUGGCUUAACAUCAUGUGUUGUGGUGCUACGAAUUCUCAGAGAACUCUGCCAGAGAAACAAUGUGUGGGCACCUCUGAAUGAAUGGGCAAUGGAAUUACUUGUGGAGAAAUGUAUAAGCAGUGUUGGCUUCAAUCUUGGACCUGGUGAUGCUCUUAGGAGAGUUGUCGAGUGUCUUGCUUCUGGAAUAUUAUUACCUGAUGGUCCUGGUUUGUAUGAUCCAUGUGAAAAAGAAACCACAGAUGUAUUAAACACAUUGACAUUACAAGAUAAAGAAAACAUAACUGCAUCAGCCCAGCACACAUUGAGAUUGAUUGCUUUUCGUCAAAUUCACCAAGUGCUCAACAUGGAACAACUACCAAUGCCCCGUUUCCGACGGAAAAACUUCAAGCCUCGUAAACGUAAGCGUGCUGGUGAUGGAGAUGCGGUUGCAGAUGAAGGUGGUGAGGAGGAGAGCAAGAAGGACAAGAGAGAUGUGGAAGAUGGAGAAGGAGGAGAAGGUGGCGGUGGCAAGGAGCCUACACCCCAAUCAACUGACGCUUAG